GUUAGUGGCCUUAGGAAGCGUCACGGUCGGGGUCUUUGUAGGCGACAUUGACAUAAAUAAAGGAAAAUGUACGCUCACCUGCACCUUGGUCCGGUCAUUUCCAAGACGGCGGCCGCGACACCCAUAUUCGUUACAAUACUUGUUUUGUCCGACUACUCGGUACACCUCUAGUAAAUAUCUCCUGCUCCGUGUUAGCUGAUCUUCGGCUUGUUUUCAAAGAUUUCCUGGUAACUGAAUUUAGGCUCUUUUUCAAUUGUUAACACGUAUAUCCUCUCCUCACCACCUCAUUGCAUUGAUCGGAAAUAACUGUUUCGGAUAAAAGUCCAUGAGGAUCUUCCAGCAUAUUGUUUUCCCCUGUCAAGUCUUUCCCAAAUCAAUACAGAUGGAAGGGAAUGAGGAGGGGACAGAUUUUUAAAUGAACUGAGGCAGUUACUCUCCAGGAAUACCCUGCUGUGGCAGUGUUCAAGGAUGGCACUUACUUCCUUUAUGAUGAACAACAGGAUGGGGACCUCACGUCGUGGAUCAAUAGAGAACGAUUCCUCAAUUACCUCCCGAUUGACAGCUACACCUUUUAUGCAAUGGGAGAUACAGGCAAACUGGUGGUUCUGGUUGUAGUGGAGGAGAAAACCCCCACUAAGGAGAGCAUCCGUUCCAAGACCAUGGUGAAAAGAGUGGCCACUGAAUACAAGGACUUCUGUAGCAAAGAAUUCCAGUUCGGCCAUUUGGACGGAAACGAGUACAUCAAUGGCCUCAUAAUGGAGGAAGUGUCCUUCAUCACCGUGCUCAACGUGUCUAACGAUGGGUAUUUCUUGUCGCCCAACAAAGUGGAGACAAAGGACCAGCUGUUGAAGUUCAUCGAUGGCGAGUUGAAGGUCCGGAUUAAAGCACCCCUUCUGGGCAUCUUCCUCGUCUUUGUUUUUGGCUUUCUGUUACGUCCUGUACAAGACCUGCCAUAUGGUGAGAUUGGGAAUGAAGGAUGAGGAACCAAUCACUGGCGCGAGGGAGGAACCAAACCAACUCGAAAGGUCCCAGGAGAGACAAGAAGACGAAAAUGAAAAAUACUGCAGAAAAGAAGGUAGAUUAAGUAUGAAACGGACAGCUGACCUUUUUCUAUUGAGCUGCCAUCUUGGCCAGGUUUCCCUAGGUAUUCUGACCUCAAAGGGACUUCCUGGAUAAAUAAAGAUUACAUCUAAAUAAAUAUUCUACAGAUGAGUGACCGAAUCAGUGGAUUCGGAAAGAAUUCUUAUUGGAAAUUCUUUCAAAAGUGAACCAUUCCCCUUUCCCUCAGAUGUGCUUGUUUUCAACAAAAAAUAGCAUCAGUAAUUAUCCCAUACGAGUGAUGACUGUUCACCUCUAAUGCUUGGAAGAACACUUGGGGACCUACUUCCCAAUCUGUUUGACUGUGAUCCUGGCUCAGUUGACAUGCCAGGAAGUGAAAUCAAACAGCUGAUGGAGCUGUCAUGUGACUGAAUACUGCAGACAACGCAUGCACAGGUCACUACGGAGGAGUUUUGGUUCCUGACUCAAAGGGAAUACCCUGCUGUCUCCAUCUGAGCAUUAAUGCCACAUUCAAAACAACUGGGCACUUGUACCUGGGAACUCGUAAAUCUCAGAAUUCGGACUUCGGUGCAUUCCCGAUAACUGGGAACUUCUGAAAAAAACUAGCUCCGACUGGGGAAAAAAUCGUUUUGAACGGUCAGCCAACUCGGAAUUCCAACUUGGGAUCUCUGACCUCUUUCUAGAGCUCGGACUUUCCGACCUGAAGAUCACUGACGUCAUAAUUUGACCUCAUAUUUUUCAGUAUUACCCAGUUGUCUUGAAAGCAGCAUAAAACUCAUGUCACCUUUCGCCAGCUCAUAGCUGUGGUCCAUUGUUCUCGUCUACAUUAAAACCAAAUAUCGAUCCAGGUUGGAUGUGACAGCAGAGACGAGGUGCGCACUGUCGACCACGACUUUGAGAAACUCUGACGAGACAUGCAUCAAACACACACCCAUGUCAUGAGUGGUGGUGAGAUAAGAUACAUUAUGUCAGAGUAAUUUGCAAUUGACUGUCAUUAGCUCCACAUUAACAGUAGGCCUACGAUGUGAUGGUGAGUUGAGAAGACAAUCAGAAAUCAGAAGGUGCAGCACACGGGCCCCCAGUUGCCCAUUGCUGGUUUAAGCAAUAUUGUAAUGACUUGAAUUGCCUUCUGAAAGGCUGGGUGGUGUGCCUAUGGAGGAGGUCAAUUCGUGAUUCAGGUUGAGUGGUUACCUUAGUAUGUUCAGCGGAACUUUAAUUCAGGGGCGCAAUUGUCAUU